AUGGACAACGCCACAACACUGACAUUCAGAAUGACAGCAUAUGCUGUGAUGGAAAACUACAAGCAUUUGCUGUUUGUCGUGUUCCUCCUGCUCUAUCUCCUCAUUAUUACUCUGAAUUCAGUUCUCAUCACUGUCAUACACCAAAACAAAGUGUUGCAUCAACCUAUGAAUGUGUUCACAUGUGUGUUAUCUGUCAAUGAAAUGUACGGCAGCACUGCUCUCUUACCUGCAGUCAUGGCUGUGCUGCUGUCUGACACACAUGAAGUCAGUGUAAAGUGGUGUUUGGCUCAGGUCUACUUUCUGCACUCAUACGCAUGUGCUGAGUUCUUCAUAUUAGCUGUCAUGGGAUAUGAUCGAUAUAUUGCCAUCUGUUACCCUCUACAUUACCACAGUAUCAUGUCUAAUUCAAAGUUAGGUAAGCUUGUCGCAUUAGCCACUCUCUACCCGCUCAUCCUGUUUGCCUGUUAUUACUCUCUGACUCUGCAGCUCAGCUUUUGUAGAAGAAUCAUACCAAAGUUGUACUGUGUGAACUUCGAACUGGUCAAAAACUCAUGUUCAAGCGUGCCGUACGUAAAUGUAGUUGGGCUUGUGCUUAUUAUUGCUUUUAUUGUGCCUCAGGUGGGGAUGAUUGUUGUCUCCUACAUACAAAUUGCAAGAGUGUGCAGGAAAUUAUUAAGACAAUCUCAAGGCAGUGCUCUUAAAACAUGCAUCCCUCAUUUAUUAUCUUUGCUGAACUACACUAUCGGUUCUUUAUUUGAAAUUGUCCAAACUAGAUUUAAUAUGAAUCAUGUAGCUGCAGAGACACGGAUCUUCCUCUCUUUGUAUUUUAUUAUCAUACCAUCAGUUUUCAACCCAGUGAUGUAUGGACUGGGGACUCAGUUGGUGAAGGAUCAUAUUGUACAACUGUUUAUUAGACACAAGAUCCUGCCUGCAAAGUUAACAAAGGCACCGACUGUAGCUUAAAAACAGACUAACCUUUUUCAAAAAAGCAUGGAAAUAUAAUUUUAAGUGUCUUAUUUGCUAAAUUAGAGGCAGACAUUCUUUUAACUCUUUAUAUAUGUAAAAAAAUAUAUGUAUAAAUAUAUAUUAUAUUCGGUUAGUUAUGAAACUUAACAUAUCUAUGUUGCAUUCCUGCAGCUUUCCUCGCAUUGUUUCCCUUUUAUUCCUUCUAAAUGGUGCUUACCAAAUAUGCAACUUCAAUAAUGUCAUAAUUCAGUGUGUUUCAUGUUUGGAAAAGAAAAGUAAACUUGCAUAAUGCAAUCAAAUAUAAUAUGCUUUUAGCCACUUCUUAAAGCUAAGAUAUUGUCACUUUUAGAUUCAAGCAUCUAAGAUUUGAAAUAUGAAAUAUCUUCCUGUCUGCCUUCUGGAUAUCUGCUAGGUAUUUUUGUGUGUCAUAGUUGUUAUUGACUGAAUUCUGUUAAAAGUGUUACAUCUAUAAUAAGAGAUAUAGUUUUGCUUUAAAUGCCAAAUGAUUAAUAUUUAAUAGAGAAAACCUUCCUGAUAAUGUAACGCCUGCAUGUAAAGACUUAUAGUGAGAGACUUGGUUGAAAAAAUUUGAUGCAAAUGUUGAUCUCAAAUAGUAAUUAAACUCUGGUGUACAUAGUCAUGCAGCAAAACUGUCAGAAGUUUAUAUUGAUCCUCUCCUACACUCUCUACAGACAUCAAGGUUUAAAGUUAUGAUUUCUAGGCCUUCAGGAGCCUUGAAUAGAAACAGAAUUGAAAAAUUUAUAUUAGACAAGGACUAUAUAAUUUAAUACAAAAAAUAGGAAUCUACAGAACAUCCCAUAUCCUCUGAAUUUUAAGCUGAAGUUACUUUUUUUCCUGCAGUUUGCUGCUAUGUAAAAGUUUCAUCCACACUAUGACCACUAUGACCUCCGUUUCACUGCAGCAAAGAUCUAACUUUGUGACCACAGGCCUUGUACCUUUUUAUGAUGUAAUCAUGCUUCAGUAAUAAAAGUCCCUGAGCUGUGUUGAGUGUCAUAAGCAGUGAUUUGGAUUAUAUUAUAUUCAAAGUGUGAAAACACCUGCCAUCCAGCAUCAUGAUCCAGAUGGUUAAACACAGACUCAUGUAUUGUUGGUACUGAAUCUUUUUUUACUUGACAAACUAAAGUCAUUUGCCCUCUUUGCAGCAGACGCAACCAUCAUAUCAGAUCAAUAAAAAAGGUGAAUCUUAUACACAUUUUCUAACUUUUUUAUCUUGCAAAACAAAAGAGCAAUAAAUAGUGUAAAGUCAAAACAGGCCCAUACAAGGUGUCAGACAGAGUUUUAACAAAUCGGUGACCCUGCUCUUGACAGGAUACUGUUGUGUUUGAUGGUUUGAAUAGUACAUGGCUCUGCCUUUCAGGUAAAUAUUUGCAUUUUGUUCAUUUUUAUAAUGCUAAUAAAUCAAAUUUGCUACUCCAGUUUGCUGGAGGUUGUGUGACUGAUCAUGACAGUAAAUACAUUAUGAACAAUACACUUUAAAAUAGAGUCUGUAAAACAAUUAUAAUGUACAUUAUAGUGUAUAAACUAACAAGAUCAACUCACAAAUUGGUUAAAUGGCAAAAAUGUUGUAACACACCUUAGCUGCAUUUCUCAAACGAACCAGAGCACUGAUGUGGGCAUUUAAAGGUACAGAAAAUAUGACAUCAAACCCAAAUUAAUGGUUUUUAGAAGAAGAAAAAAAUACACAUGAUUUACUAGUUUACUGAAACAACAACUUAUGAGGCUAAGAAAUGAAGUCCAAAGUGUUUUUUCUCCAUCAAAAUGGCCAACUUUAGAGCAGCCUGUUCACAUAGUUGUUUCUGUGUCUGUUUUGAAGUCAUUUAAUUAUAAUCAGGAAGGUAAGAUACGUUAGGUUAGCUAAGUUGUAGAAUUAAAUGAGUGCUUUUUCUCCAACUUGUAAUUAAUUAAAGAUAACUAACAACUUGGAUUUGUUUACAUGAUUCGUCCUUCAUUUCUGUCAACCCUGUCUCUUGCAUGGGCAGAUGUCUUAAUUAUGACUAAAACCGAAUCUACAAAAGAAAAAGAUAAAUCCUCAUAAAGGCCAGCUGAAAACACAAGAUUGAAUCCUUUCUAUAUCACAACAUGCACUGUAAAAUUACUGUAAUACUCCCAAGAAAUCAGGAACUCUCUCUUGCAAGAGAAUAUUUUCAGGGGGGUUAAAUUCCCCCAUUCCCAAUUUUUUGUGGGUUUUAGGCAGAUACUAAAAACUCAUGCCCCAUGACCCAUCCCAAAUGUGAUUGGACAUGUAGGGAAAGACGUAAUGUAAUUACAGAAGAGAAGAAAUGUUCAGUGUAUAAAAGUAGAGAUGAGUGCAGGAUGGGAGGGGGGAUGCAUCCACAGAGGUAAACACACGAAGCUGAUCAAUGUACUGUGUAUUUUAAAUCAAAGCCCUUCUCUUUUUUAAACAAAUUGGUGUGAGCAUGAGGAAUUUCUCUGAAGUGACAGCUUUUAAUCUGUCUGCUUACUAUGGGAUGGAUGACCUGAGGCAUAUGUACUUCUGCGUAUUCCUCAUGAUAUACUUAACCAUUAUUGUUGAAAAUGUAGUUUUGAUUGGAGUGGUUUAUCAUGAAAAGACUUUGCAUGAGCCGAUGUAUAUUUUGCUGUGUAACUUGGCAGUGAACGGUCUGUAUGGGAGCACAGCUUUACUGCCAGCAUUACUCAGCAACCUGCUGUCACACUCAUAUGAGAUCUCUUUACCGCUUUGUCAGACACAGAUCUUUGCUGUCCACACAUAUGCCAUUACUGAAUUCACAAUUCUUGCAGCAAUGAGUUAUGACAGAUAUGUGGCUAUUUGUUAUCCGCUGCUUUAUCACACCAUCAUGUCACAGAGGGUUGUUAAACUGAUUGUUUUCACCUGGCUUUAUCCAUUUCUAGCAUUCCUGAUUGUUCUAGCUUUCACUGUUCAGCUGAGGUUUUGUGAAAGAACAAUAGAAAAGGUUUACUGCAUGAACUACUUGUUAGUAAAACUUGCCUGUACUGACACAUCUAUUGUCAAUAUAGUUGGUCUGCUCUCGGUUGUUGUAUACACAAUUCCACAGCUUGUUAUGAUUUUUUAUUCAUAUGUGCACAUCCUGAGGAUAUGUGUGGUAUCAUUCAGCAAAUCCAAACUCAAAGCCCUGCGAACCUGCACGCCCCACCUGCUAUCAAUAGUCAACUACUCAAUUGGAUGCUUUCUUGAAAUUGCGCAAAGUCGAUUUAACAUUCGCAACUUGCCUUACCAAACCAAGCUGUUUCUAUCCGUGUACUUUUUGAUUUUUCCACCCAUUCUUAACCCAGCUAUUUAUGGAUUAAGUAUUCAACAUAUAAGGGUGCGACUGUUCAGACUUUUCAGUAAAAAAAGCAGACAAGAGUUAAAGUAG